AUGGCGUUGGUAAACACCAGCGACGGCGGAGACGAGACAUGGAGGUGGGCGGGAUGCAAGUUUACCCCGACCGACGCCGAACUGAUCGGCAAUUGCCUCCUCAACAAGGUUCGCAAUCUGCCGCUGCGAAUCCCCCCCGGCUUUAGCAUUCCGGAGAUGGAGGUGUACAAGAAAGCGCCCUGGGAAUUGAUGGUCCGAUCCAGCUACCUUCCCACGGGUGUGUCCUACUGCUUCGUCCGCGUGCCCCGCUCCAAUGCCAGCGACAAUAGGCUGAAUCGGAAGACGCGCGGUGGAAGCUGGGUCGCCAACGGGAAGCCCCGCGACAUACCGCUUCGAUAUAGGGGGUCGGCGAUCGCCGGGAUUCGGAGGAGUCUCAAAUUCUUCAAGGACAGCGAUGAUCCGAGAAAGAAGAACAAGAAGGACAGCAGCCUCGGUCUGAAGUGGAUAAUGCACGAGUACCGCCUCGACCCCAGCUUGUACGAGACGAUCCCCUCCUACGCGACCGAGGAGAUAAUCCUGUGCCGGAUCACGGACAAGCGGAGGGGAGCCGCAGACAAGAGCGACGGCGACAGCCUCCCAGCCAAGGCCCUGCCUAUGGCAGAUACCCAAGAAACGCCGGAGCCAUGGAUGGCGGGACUUUACACACACAGCAUGGCAAUUGACGUUAGCACCGGAGCUAUGAAAGUAGUGCCGUUGAUGGCGGCGGCACCUGCGAUCCAGGAUGCGACGGCAGAUGUCUUUGGCAGAUAUAUUCACGAGGGUCUCCCUGCGGUGCUAGAAACGUCUACAUUCGAUGAUAUUUUUGGAUUUCUUGACGACCUCGAGCUCGCAGCCGACGACACACCUACAGCGGCGACGACGGUAGCUCCACCUACUACGAAGCCGUGGAUGGCGGCACCACCCAAGACCCAGGACGACGACUGA